AUGCGUGCAUUAAAGUCCAUGUUAAAAGACGAACAAGAAGAAAAGACUGAACGUUUGGAUAUUUGUUUUAAAGAAAUUAAACAAUUUGGAGGCUUAAAUCAAAUUGGUAGACAAUCUAAAAGGGAGGACGAGGAAGAAUUGGAGGAUAAUUAUGAUUACUUGUAUCAUCAACUUCAAUUUCAACCAACAAUCGCUGCUCAACCAAAUAAUCUUUUAAUUGAAAAUAAAUUGAACAAAACAAUUGAUCAACAAAAGUAUUUUUUUUUGUUUAUUUAA